AUGGAGAAAAACAAAUUUCAUGGAGUAGGAGGUCCAUUGACUGUUUCUCAUUCGCCGUAUUACAGUCCAUUACUGAAAAAUUUUUUGGGUGCAAUCAAAGAGAUGGGUCUACCCAUACGUGAUUUUAAUACAGAUCGACACGAUUCAUUUUAUAUCAGUCAAGGGACCAUCGAACAUGGAAAAAGGAAAAACUCUUAUACAGCAUACAUCAAGCCAAACUUGCAUCGAUCUAAUUUAAGAGUGGUGACUUCAGCACUGGUUACUAAGAUAUUAAUAGAUGAAUUUAAACAAGCGAAAGGAGUGAGUUACGAAUAUUUUAACGUUACAAAAAUAGUAUACGCUAGAAAAGAAAUAAUCAUCUCUGCCGGAACAGUUAACACUGCAAAACUGCUUAUGCUGUCUGGAAUAGGGCCUCGCCAGCACUUACACGAAUUAGGAAUUCCAGUCGUAGCCGAUUUGCCUGUCGGAAAGAAUUUUCAUGACCAUGUCACCACUUCUGUCAUUUUUACAAUAGAUAAACCAUAUUCUUUACACGCGCUAUCACUCACGCCAAAAGAUAUUACGGACUAUAAAGUUCAUGGAAGAGGUCGUUUGACUUCCUUAGCUGGGGUGGAAGUCUUAGGAUUCUUGAGGACUUCCGUAGAAAAGGAAGGUUGGUCGGAUAUUUUAGUUGCCAUUGCUGCAAAUUCAUUAUUAUCUGAUACAGGUUUGCCUCUUCUUACACCUCAAGUGGGUCUUAGAAAAGAUGUAUACGUCAAUGCAUUUAGCAGGUAUAAAUUCAAACAUACUAUUUCCUGUACCCCAAUUUUUGUACGUCCGAAAAGUCGCGGUAUCGUUAAAUUGAAGUCUGACGAUCCCUUUGAUCAGCCCAUAAUUAAUACCAACUAUUUUGCCAAAAUAGAAGAUCUCCUGUCUUUGAUAGAAGGUGUGAAAUUCUGCAAAGCCUUCGGGAGGACACAUUCCAUGAGAGAAGUUGGGACGAAGGAAAUUAAAUCUGUAUUCCCUAUGUGUGAUCAUUUCCCUUACAACAGCGACGAAUACUUGGCGUGUGUGUUAAGAGUAUUCACAGGUAGCCUUUACCACGGUAGCGGUACUUGUAAGAUGGGCGAUCCUUACGAUCCUAGGACAGUUGUAGAUCCAAGUCUAAGAGUAAAAGGCAUAAGGAAUUUGAGAGUGGCAGAUUGUUCGGUGAUGCCUACUCUAGUGGCAGGAUUGCCUCAUGCAACGGCUGUCAUAAUUGGAGAAAAGGCAGCGGAUUUAAUUCGUCUUGAACCUUAUAGUUGACCUUUACAGAUUUUAAUUGUUUUAUUCUCCUUUAUUGUUUGCAUGUAAAGUAUACAGAUUAACCUAAACAGUCACCAAUCUAUGUGUAGUCAAAAUAUAAUUUGUAUAUUCGGAACCAUUUUAAGAUUUUAUGAGGCCUCUAGCUCAAUUUUUACAGGCAUCACACGAUUACAUUGGAAUCCGGUUAUUAUAAUCAUAGAUAAUGUUAUCAAUCGGCUCCAAUCGAUCCCAAAACACUAUAUAAGAGUAAUCCGCCUAUUACAAUCAUACUUCGGCUAUUGUUAUCACUGUAUAUGUAUGUAUACAGUGAUAAGUGAGUAUGUAUGUAUGUAUAUAUAUGUAUACACUGGGGAUAUUCGUACACAUUCGUACUGUAUUUAUUAGCAAUAAACUGUACUGUAUUCAAUAAUAAAUAUUGUUAUCCUUUGUUUAAUAUUAUCCGCCGGUUAUUGUUAUCAAAGUUGCAAGUCUUAUAAUGGAUUUCUUUGUAUUAAUUGGUCGUUGGUCGCGGGUUUGUGCCUAAUUAAGGGGAGUUUUCCGGGUUUACUUCACGUGUCUAACACCUAAAUAAGGGCCAGUUUUUCCAUAAAAGUCCUCCGUCCCUUCACAAAUUGAUGGAAUAAGGUAACGCAACACCCUGGCAAUCCAGUCAAAAUAAGGCAGCAAU